AUGAGUGCAGAGGAGGGAGGGAAGGUGUCUCUUUCGGCCCCGAGCAAUGGCCUCUCCGCGGAGGAGGAACUGCGGCAACUGCGGGACAAAACCAACGCGUGGAAGCAGUCGGUUGCCAUCCAACUAAGUGAGGCGGCAAAGAAAAAUAAACAGCUGCGGGAUGAGUUGAAGGACGCCGAAGGCAAUCAUGAACAGGACAUGCUGGCACUACGUGUUCAGCUCGACAAGGAGUUUCGUGAGCGGACAAACAUGAAGGAUGAGGAAAUCAAUGAUAUGCAGCGACAAAUGACACAGCUGCGGGAGGAGAAGCGGCGCAUGGCGGAGGAGCACAAAAAGAAUCUGGAGGAAACGGUCAUCCGAAUACGCGAAAACAGUCGGAUGGAGCACGCGUCAAAGGCCAAGACGGAUGCAGAGCAGCAUGAGGCAGAGCUACGAAAGCUUCGCGAUGUCAUAGAACAAAAAGAGCAGGCGAUUGUACAGGCAGAACACGAGGCUGCGGUGAUGCGCACCCGCCUCGAUAGGUUGGGGGAACAGUACAGAGAAUUAUCCGGUCUUAUGACCCAUGAUGCGAGGCAGCUUGAUAAGCAAGAAGCAGAAGCAGAAGAUGCAGCCAAAGGCGGAGCUUCGUCCCAGCAUUUAGUGAAGUUGAGCGAGGCGGCGCAUAAACAGCAGUUAGAGAUUGCACGCUCAGAGCUACGCGGUCUGGAAGAGAGGUUUGCUGUGAGGCUACGAGAGACACAACGAACGCACGAAGUAGAGCGGCAGCGCUGGGUGGAGGACAUGUACCAACGUGAGGAACAACUCCUGACACUGCAGACGCUUUUGCGGCAGGCGCAACACGAGGCUGAAACUGCCAACCAGCGUAUUGCUGCUGCAGGGGUGGAGAAGGAGCGGUCGGAGCAAUGCCUGGCGCAGAAGGUGGCAGCGCUGAGUAAGGAGUUGGCAACUCGAAUGGAACAGUCACAGCUGUUAAACGUGGAGGUGGGACGUCUGCAAAGAGAGGUGAGUUCGCAAGAAGCACUUAUACAUGGUCUAGAGGAGGAGGCACGAAUACGGGAAGAAGCAUUCACAUCAUUGACUCUUUCAGAAGACAAUCGGAACCUUGUGCAGGGGCUUCAGAAAGCACUGCAGGAGAGCCGUGAGGAGGCGGAGCUCUGGCGCUGCAGGUAUGAAGAGGCUCUACAAGAUGCGACAGGUGCAACAACCGUUGUGCCUUUUGGAGAAGGAAAAAAUGACACGACCAAACUCGUGUCAUCUGAACUAACCCAGCGGGAGGAGGCUCUGGCUAAAGAGGAAGUCCGACUGGAGUUGAAGGCAAGGCUUCUGAAGUCUACAGAGGCGCGGUUAGAAGAACUUAAGAGGUCGUUGGCUUCACAGGCAAGUGUCAUCCUGCAGCAGCAUGACAGUGACGAUGAUGGACGGCGGAGGGACAUGGAGCGAUCCGAGAAGCAGCGUCGAGGAGGGGCCUUUCUCGCCUCCCCACAAAGAUACAUGCAGAUGAUACGGGAACAACAAGGGGAUAGUAUCCUUUCUUUUCCAAGACGCCUGCUAUCGUAUCUCCUUUUCAUGCGUUUGCGCACGGCCAUAACACUGUUCCUAUUGUUAUUUUGUUUUUUAGUUGUCUUUAUCACUAUGUGA